UAACAUCUCAGACGACUUACUAGGGCUAUAUUCGUAACAAUGGCUUCUAUUUUUUUGUUUGGUCACAAGGGGCUGUACUGUAAUUUCACAAGGCUUUUAGGUUAGUUUUGCAUUUUAUUCAAGUUUGGAUUUAGGUUUAGGGUUAAAAUCAAGUUGUGGGUUAGUUUUCGCAAAUUCCCAAAAAAAAAAUCCAUAUCUCAGAUUAAUAUUCUUCUCACAACCUAAAAUAACACCAUCUAAAUAGAAUUAAACUAAGUAGCAUAACAAAUUUAAUCAUAAAUUAUAUUGAAACUUUUAAAAAUGGGUAAAUAAUGUAUAAGUUUAUAAUUUUUAUUAAAUAGUAUUUUGUCAAAAUGGCAAUAAUACAACUGUAACAGUUUCUAUUUAUACGGCUAUAGAAGCCAAAAUCUCAAUUAUUCAAAAAGUAAUUAGAUUUACAAUUAUAGAGAAUAAAGAUACUUUACCGGUUUGGGAAGAGGCCAAUUUGCUGGGGGAGAAAUCUGGUGGUGCAUGUGAAACUCAAAUAAUGAAUGUAUUCUCUACUAAUAAAGCCAUUUUGACCAAAGUCUCUUCUCGCUCUCUCUCUCUUCUUAUAUAUUUUUUUUGUCACAGCUCUCUUCUUAUAUUAAAUCAUCAAAGCUUUGCUACUCUCCAAACUACCAUAAAUCCAACUCUCCUCUCUCUCACAUGAGAAGCUAAGUCCAAUUUUGUCAACUGAUCAAAUAUAAACAAGUUUAAAUCUCUCAUGUCUCUUACAAUUCCAAUUGGUUGAAGAAGAUGGAGACGAGACAGAACGAUGUUCACUUCCACAGAGCCACUUUUUUACCAUUGUUAUGUUCCAGACCUUCAAUCAAGAACGUGACCCGUACGGCUAAAUUGAAUCAAGAAGAUCAACAAACUGAUCCUUUGUCUCCCAAAAUUAGCUGCAUUGGUCAGGUCAAACGCAGCAAAAAGAUCGUCGGCCUUCCCACCACCACUUCCUCCUCGGUAACUCCCGCCGCUCAACACCAUUACUUUAAGCUCAAACGCCUUUUCUCCGGCAAGAAUCUCACUUUCUCCGCUCCCACCACUACGACUAUUAAGAGUAUUCGAGGAAGAAUCAAAAAGGAGGAGUUCGAUAACAAAAAAACUAAUGUAAUCGAUGUCGCUGAUAUGGAUCCGCCUUUGCCAGUGAUUAAGCUGGAUAACGAUGGUGGCGGUGGCGCUGGACAUAAAGCAGCAGAGAAUCUGUGGAAGAGGAGAUCUGGUGGUGGUAAUUGUCAACUACGGAAUUUGCAGAUUCAAAGCAGUACUCAUCUUUUGAAGGUUACAACUGUUUGAGGGUGUGUUUAUACGGACACUAUUAAAGAAUAUUAAAGUUAAAAAAAAAUUAAAACAUAUUGUAUUGCAAUAUAAAUUUUAUAUUUGAGCAUACAAAAUAUUUUUAGCCCAAACUGAACACUCUGUUCAAUUUUUAAUGACUAAAUAUUUUGUUUGUUGAUGGGUCUGUCCAAACUUUAUAAGAAAAACUAGUUUAAGACCAGCGCAAUUGCGCAGAAUGAAUGUUAUCUAUAAAAUCUAUUAUUAUUUAUGUGUAUUCAUUUACUUAUUAUGUAUAUAAUUAAAUUAGAGUAAAGACAUAAAUCAAAAUAAUACAUCUUGAUUAUUUACAAUAUUUUUUUAGUAAAUAAAU